UCAGGCGUCCUCUAGCUGACAUGAUCCGACCGCUACCAUUCACCCUUCUGGCGGGCGUCGUCUGCCUUGUGGCCGUGACUCUGCCAGUGAUGCGAGGACGCGCGUCUGCGAUGUCCAUGGCGCAAACGCAGGGCAGGAACAUGGAUUACAGCGGCGACUCUGACGUCAUCGAAAUGACUGGAGAAACGACGGAUGGAGAAAAAGGCGAAGACGAGACGAUGUUAGCGGACUCGCCUCACUGGGCCAGCCACACCCACCGACACAGCAGCCCAGCUCUGCUGCUCGGGGCACGCUUCGCUCAGGACAAUCUCGUGGCGGUGCCCAUGGCCCUGGUGCACACGUCGCAGGCGCUGCAGCAGGACGUUAACUGCUCCAAGGUGAGAGCAUCGCUCCACUCCAACUCCCUCACGCCCUCCAUGCUGCUCCAGCCUCCAUGGCUCCACCUCUCGCCCAGCCUCGGUAGCUGCCCGACUCAGUAUGUUGUUCGUCACCUCGGUCCCAACACGAGUCCCUCAGCCCUGCUAGAGGCGCGGUGUCUCUGUAAGGGCGAGCCUUGCUCCAACGAGGGUCACCAAUGCGUUCCAGUGUCUCGUCAGGUGCCGGUGCUGCACGGCAGAGGCGCCCCGUCCUCAAGAUCGCUGUCCCUGCAGGAGGUGGUGGUUGGCUGCGCCUGCGUGCUGCGGCCCGGGCUGAUGGCUGACUACGUCCUGUCUCCCUGGCUCCAGAACUGA